CGAGGCCGCCGGCCGGGCGGCGCGUGCAGACGGGAGAGAGAGAGAGGGGAUAGGGGGCUGUUGGAUAUGAGGACUUGAAAUUAUAAUCUGAGAGGGCAUGAAAAAUGGGGCCCAAAUAGAAAGUGGGCUGGAGUUGAUUUUUUUUAUCAAAUCCCUAGAUUUAGAAUAGGGGCUUGUUUAGGAGGUUGGCUGACGAAUUCAUCAGUAUCCUGAGAUACGUGGACUCGUCAGUUCGUCGAUGGUCAUGCUCAUGCCGCGAAAUUGCAGUGCAAAUGAGAGCGUCGCCGUGGAUGCGUCCGACUGAACCUGCGGAAACAACAACGCGCAGGUCGCCGUCCGACGGGCACGUACGUGGGACGAUUAGGCAAAUGUUUUUGGCAAGGCUCUAGGCUUCCGACAAAGCUCAUAAGAGUCGUAGGCCUCCCGAGGAAGUUUGCGGUUGCGGCCUGCUUUUCGCUUCGCCUUCACUCACCUCACCAUGGCGGGGAGCUUCUCGUCCGCGCUGCUGCUCCUGCUCAACAUGGCGGGCGCGUUGCUCGCCCCGCCCGCUCUUCCUCCCGGCCCGGCGGCGGCCUCCGUGGUCUCCAACGGCGCCACCGACGACGACGGGGACGUCGACUUCUUCUUCUUCCCGUUCCUGGUCCUCUACAAGAGCGGCCGCGUGCAGCGCUUCAUGGGCACGGACACCGUGCCGGCAUCCACGGACCCGGCCACCGGCGUCGCCUCCAGGGACGUCGUCGUCCUCGACGCCUCCGCCGCCGCCGCCGCCGCGGGCCUCGCCGUGCGCCUCUACCUGCCUCCAAGCCGCCUCGCCACCAACCGCACGGGCACGGACGCCGACGACGAAAGCGAAAGGCUGCCGCUCCUCGUGUUCUACCACGGCGGCGCGUUCGUCACGGAGUCAGCCUUCUCGCCGACGUACCACCGGUACCUGAACGCGCUUGUGUCCAGGGCCCAGGUGCUCGCCGUGUCCGUCGAGUACCACCUCGCGCCCGAGCACCGCCUCCCGACGGCCUACGACGACGCGUGGGCGGCGCUCCGCUGGGCGCUCGCCAACGCCCGCGCGCGGGCCGCCGGGUCCGACUCCGACCCCUGGCUGUCGCGCCACGCCGACCCGGCGCGCCUGUUCCUGGGCGGCGACAGCGCCGGCGGCAACAUCGCGCACUACGUGGCGCUGCGCGCGGGGCGGGAGGGCCUGGACAGCGGCGGUGCCGGUGCCGGUGCCGCCGCCACCAUCCGGGGCCUCGCGCUGCUCGACCCUUACUUCUGGGGGAAGCGCCCCGUGCCGUCGGAGACGAGCGACGAGGACACGCGGCGGGAGCGCGAGCGCACGUGGAGCUUCGUGUGCGGCGGCCGCUACGGGAUCGACGACCCGGUGAUCAACCCGGUGGCCAUGGCGGCGGAGGAGUGGCGCCGGCUCCCCUGCGCGCGCGUUCUGGUCACCGUGGCGGGGCUGGACAUGCUCAGCGCCAGGGGCCGUGCGUACGUCCACGCGCUCAGGGCCAGCGGGUGGCAAGGCGCGGCGGAGCUGUACGAGACCCCCGGCGAGUAUCACGUCUACUUCCUGAACAAGCCCGACAGCGAUGAGGCGGCGAAGGAGAUGGAGGUUGUGGUGGACUUCAUCAAUGGCGAUCAAGUGAGCAGCAGAGCUUCAAGAAUGGACGCCUGAAGCUGCUUAUUUUGAGAUGUCUUAAGUGCCAGGGGUGUCACUUAGCUUAAUCAUUUUCAAACGGUCUUUUUACAAGUGAUUCGAAACCAAAACGUUUCACCGCCGUUUCUACAUACACAUGUGAAACGGCUGGAGACUAGUUUACGCACAUAUUCUCAUCCCA